GUCUCCCAGCACUAAUCCCUGUCCUUCCCCAUUCCCAGGGAUCCCUGGGAAGCUCUGCAAACACCAAUCCCUGUUCCCAGGGAUCUCUGGGAAGCUUUCCAAGCACUAAUCCCUGUCCUUCCCCAUUCCCAGGGAUCUCUGGGAAGCUCUCCAAGCGGGGGCUGUGCCUGACCCUCAGCACCUCCUACGAGGGAUCCCACCUGGAUUCCUUCCACCUGGAGCUGCUGCUCCGGCCGGAAGUUCGGAUCCAGCGUCAUUCCAUCCCCGCCUUCAUCCCUCUGGAGCAGCUUUCCCGGCGCUUCCUGGCCACGGAUCUCCGGCGCUUCCUGGCCCUGCUCUCCCAGCACCUGGAGGGAUAUUCCGGCAGGAGAUUCCAGGCUGACCAAUUCCAGGAGCGCUUUUCCGACUGGAUCCAAGGAACUCCGCAGCGGAAUUCCCUCUGCAACCUCCUGAAGUUCAACUACAGCCUGUCCAGGAACAGCCGGACGUUCCCGCUCCGGGCGCGGCUCCUCUACCGGGAUCCCCUUCGGAGCCUCCCCACGGAAGUCGCCGUGUCCUGCUCCCCGGACGCUCCGGCCGCGCUGGCGGCGACGGCGUCGGAGCACUCGGAGCUCUUCCGGCGCGUGGCGCUCCACAGGGCAUUCCAGACCUUCGCCGGCACCGACGGGGAUCCCUGAGCCCUCCCUCCGGCUCCCUCGGGAAUCCCCCCGAGCUCCGCGUUUCCCGCGGAUCGGCGGCUUCGGAUCUCGGAGCCUCUUCCCUCGUCGGCGCCGCGGAAUUCCCGCUUCCGGCCAAAAAA